AUGGCGCACAACUCAGGCUUAUUGAUUGUGUCAAACCUGGUGCAGAAACACAGACUGACUUCAUUGUUCCAGUUCGCCAAAACCCUCGUUCGUCAGAAGUUGUUUGUGACCGUACCGCAUGCCAGUGCCAGUUUAAACUAUUGGAAAACUGCUGUCUCUGUGUGUUACACGACUGCAUCUGAAGCCUGUCCGUUGCUGGAUGUGCGCCUUCUACUUCCCUUCCCAACCACCAAUCCGGAUCCUUUACAAUUCGAUGUAGUGCUCACUCAGUCUUCUGAUACUCAGUUUGCACGAACGUUGGCCACUCGGUUAAAUCCUUCGUACAAAAAUGGAAUUAUGUUGGCGGUUGAUGAAAGCAUGGCCGCAUCUGAUCCUGCAAACACGAACUCCAUGACUUCGGAUCUCCGCGUCAUCUCUGUGCAAGGCACGUAUUCCCAUGUCUGUCUUGGUGGUACAUUUGACCGUUUACACAACGGGCAUAAAAUCCUGUUGAGUGUCGGGGCUUUAUUGUCAUCGGAGCAGUUACUUGUGGGCAUUACCAGUUGUGCCAUGCUUGGACGCAAACAAUUAGCACCGCUGAUUCUUUCGUGGCAAAAACGCUCGGAUGAGGUUCAGUACUUCCUACGGGAAAUUGGACUGGCCAAAUCACGGUUCAAUGUGGUCGAGCUAACCGAUGCGUUUGGUCCACCUGCUGUUCAAUCGGAAUUUCAGUGCAUUGUAACAAGCGAUGAAGUUCUUGACACUUGUAUGCAACUGAAUAGGAUGCGCGCAGAGAAGGGAUUUCAACCGCUUGAUAUUGAACAGAUUGACUUCGUACCCAAUCCGCUGUAA